CUCAGCAGCGAGCGCAAGCGGUAGACAUGAGAUGGACGCGAUAGCUGGAAACAUUUAUUCACACAGCUGAAUGAAUCUCUGCUGGCAACAAAAAAAUAACAGGACCACGUUUACUCCGACUGGGAACUACUGAAAAAAAUCGUGCGUUGGCUUUAUAGGCGCAGGACAGGCUUCAAUACGAAAGACUCCAAGGAAGAGACGCGUGAGGAAAGUUUUCAACAAACUGGACGGAACAGUGCAGAAAUCGUGACGCAUAAGCCAUGCACUGGUUGUACAGCGUGGGAUAGUUCUUCUGGUGUCGUUCGUUUGAAAGGGAUGCCUUUUUGUUGGCUUUCUGCAACAAAAGUUUGACGCCAGGAACGCCAUAUUAUUCUGUUUGACAAGAAAACGCGUCUUUCUGAGCGGAACAUUUCUCGCGCUCGAGUCGCUGUUUUCUUCUGUUAUUUGUUGGUUUGGCUGGAGGAUCUGUUCCUCAUCCUGUAGUUUGGGGGACAGGGGGGUGGUUUGGAUAUCUAUAUUUUCACUUUUCCUUCAUGGCCUCCUCCAGGAUGUAUCUUCUUAUGAAAUGCAUGCUGAUUUUCCAACUUGUGGUGUUGAUCGCGAAGAACAGUCGGGCGCUCAUUUGUUUGCCCUGUGAUAAGUCCAAAUGCGAGGAGCCCAAGCACUGUAUGGGCUCCGUGGUGUUGGGGAUCUGCGGCUGCUGCUCGGUUUGUGCCAAGCAGAAGAACGAGAGCUGCGGCGGCGUUUACGGUCUGUACGGGACCUGCGACCGCGGACUCCGGUGCGUGAUCAGACCCCCGUUAAACGGCGGCUCCAUCACGCAGUACGAGGUUGGAGUUUGUGAAGAUGAAAACUGGGAUGACGACCAGCUCUUGGGCUUUGAGCCAUGCAAUGAAAACCUGGUUACGGGCUGUAACAUAAUUGAUGGGAAGUGUGAAUGUGAAAGUGUACGAACAUGCAACAACCCAUUUGAGUUCGCUAGCCAGGAAGCCUGUCUGACAGCCCUGCAGAAGAUUGAAGGGAUGAUUUAA